AUGGCUUCCCCGGAAGGCUCACAAGAUAGACGAGGCCGUCGAUCGCAGUCUCGUCCUCGUCGUCAAGCGAUCACACUCGCCGCCCUGGCGCCUCUGCUGCUCUCGUCUUGGUUCCUUUCGACUCAUGCCUCACCAACACCAGCGCCCUCAACACCAUUCACUUCCAAAUCAAUCCCUUUAGAGGGCCCCGUAGUCAAACUGCAUGGUCGCUUCCUGCAUCUGACCGACAUGCACCCGGACCCAUUCUACUUGUUCAACUCGUCCGAAGCUACGAGCUGUCACACCCAUGCACCAUCCAAGGGAAGCAGAGCUGGAUACUGGGGAACGAGUGUUAGGUAAGCUUACCUUCGAUCUUCGUACUUGACGAGCAUGUCAUCGCCACUAUGGCGGCUCCGAUGACUAUGGUGGCUCGACAAAGCUGGCCGAGUGACGGAGUGGGGGGUCCACCAGCGCCGAGCGGAGCGGCGGCGAAUUGGCACGCCAUGCCAUCGUAUCAAAGUCAAGUACCGCACGAACUAAAUGGCAAUUAAUGACCUUACAGUGACUGCGAUGCCCCCUUGACUUUGCUCAACUCGACUUUUGAUUGGCUCGAACAACACUUCAAGGGCAAGGUCGAUUUUGUUGUAUGGACCGGCGAUAAUGCACGCCAUGGUUCGUCAAUGUAGUUCUCAAAUGAUGCGAGAGAGGAAAUUCUGAACUAAUGCUCUGUUCAAAUUGUCAUUUGAUCAGACAUCGAUACUCGAUUCCCUAGGUCUAUGCCCGAGAUAUACGAAUUGAAUCGAUAUAUCAGUUCGCGGAUGCGUCAAACUUUUGGCAACAAAGUGCCGAUCGUAACAAGCUUUGGCAACAACGGUCAGUCACUCUUCAAGCCUCUAUCCUUCACCUUCAUUAAGCUGACUUCUGGCGACCCGGCCGUAGACAUCUUUCCACACAAUAUCAUGUUCGGCGGCCCCAGUGCCAUCACGAGCGAGUUUCUCAAACUGUGGAAGCACUACAUCCCCGAAGAGCAUCUGCACACCUUUGCUCGAGGUGGCUACUACUCGGUCGAGGCGAUCCCGAACCAACUCGUGCUCGUCUCGCUCAACACGCUCUACUUUUACGAGAACAAUAAAGGCGUUGACGGCUGUCCCUCGUUCUCGCUCGGAUCUUCUUCAUCUUCUUCGUUCAAGCGAAAGAAGGACGAUGAUCCGGGGACGGAGGAGCUGUUGUGGCUGGAACAGCAACUGCUGCUCGCUAGGAUGAGGGGCAUGCAGGUUUGGCUGACGGGUCAUGUCCCGCCGACGAAAUCGAAUUACUACGAGGGAUGCUAUUCGAGGUAUGGAGAGUUGAUGCUGGCGUACCAGGAUACCAUCUUGGGGUGAGUGCUUUGCUUUGCUGCUUCCUCACCUUUGUCAAGAAAGGGGCUCACUUCGCGGACCCGAUAUUUGCACAGAGGCCUGUUCGGUCACAUGAACGUCGACCACUUUUCCCUGAUUCAAGCCGACGACGUCUUACCGCCCCCACGCAAGUCCAAGAAGCACAAGAAGACGAGGAAACAAGAUCGAGUCUUGUACACCACGGGAAGUUCCACGACACUUGUCAACAAUUUGCUGCAACAGUUUCAGGGCUUGCCGAAGAGAAAGCACCUCAAGGAGAAGGAUUACAGCGUCGUUCAUAUCAAUCCGAGCGUCAUCCCGACGUAUUUACCAACUUUCCGGGUUUGGGAGUACAACACGACAGUUGGGGAGGGCAGUUUCCGGUCAACAGAAUGGGCUACAGAUGGUGUUAAUGAAUUCAACAGCCGGACGGACGAGGACGAAGACGUCGAGGACAAAGACGAGGAGGAAGACGAAUUGACGUGGGAAGGAGAGGAAAGGGACGCCGUCCCGACGAUUCCGCGGCUACUCGAAGUCGUCACGUCACAGCUCAGGAUCGGGUACGAGUUCUUCCGAGGUUCAAAAUCAUCCGACGCCUCCCUUCCCGUCAUGGAGAUCACCAGGAAGAAGAAGAAGCGCCGCAAGCAACAACCGCGCCGACGCCUGCCGCGGUACUCGUCUCCCAACGCCCCAGGUCGAUCGAACCGAUUCCUCACUCCUCUCGGUUUCACUCAAUACUACCUCGAACUGGAUCAGGCGAACGAGUUUGAAGGAUUUGGGUCCGAGGCGGCUUGGCAGAAGGGUGGGGAUCGACCGCGGCCGGUGUGGAAUGUCGAAUACGUCACCAUGCCGGCCGAGACUGUAGCGAGACGAUUGAUGGAAGGAGGAGGAGACAGCGAAGAGACGGAUUUGGACCCCUUCGUUAGCUCGGCCGUUUGGCCAGCCGAGGUCUUGAACGCCACCCAGUCUGGCGGAAGCGUCGAGGAUGUUGUCCAGAUGCUUCGACAGUUGGAUUUGACUCCUUACGAGCUGGACGACUUGACCCUUGGCUCUUGGCUCUGUCUGGCUCGUCGGAUCGCCAAAGGGGGCAAGGCGUGGAAGAACUUUCGCAAGCGUAUGUUUGUCAGUUCGGGAGCGGGGCCGUAG